UUCAUUUCCACCGGUCUCUUGUUGGGCAGCCUUGGCUUCUGUCAUCGUCGUCCCUUCGCCGCUGCCGCCCCCGCAAGGCUUUACCGUCGCCGGAGCCACCUCCAGCGACUCGUCGCACCCGAUUCUCUCCGCUUCGCUUCCCGUCAACCGCAACCAUUGACGCCAUGUCGGGUUAUUCGAGUGACCGAGACCGUGGCCGGGAUCGAGGGUUUGGUGCUCCUCGAUUUGGAGGUAGUAGGGCAGGGCCCUUAUCUGGAAAGAAGUUUGGAAACCCUGGAGAGAAACUGGUUAAAAAGAAGUGGAAUCUUGAUGAGCUGCCUAAGUUUGAGAAGAAUUUUUAUCAAGAACACCCCGAUUUGGCUAGACGUACAGCACAAGAGGUAGAGACAUACAGAAGAAGCAAGGAAAUUACAGUUAGAGGUCAUAACUGCCCGAAGCCAGUCCUGAAUUUUUAUGAGGCAAACUUCCCUGCAAAUGUCAUGGAUGUGAUUGCAAGGCAGAACUUCACUGAACCCACAGCUAUUCAAGCUCAGGGAUGGCCAGUUGCUCUAAGUGGAUUGGAUAUGGUUGGGGUAGCACAAACUGGAUCUGGGAAGACUUUGUCUUAUUUGCUGCCUGCCAUUGUCCACAUCAAUCAUCAGCCAUUCCUAGAGAGAGGUGAUGGGCCUAUUUGCUUGGUGCUGGCACCUACUCGGGAACUGGCCCAACAGGUACAGCAAGUAGCUGCUGAAUACUGUAGAGCAUGUCGCUUGAAGUCUACUUGCAUUUAUGGUGGUGCUCCCAAGGGACCACAAAUACGUGAUUUGGAGAGAGGUGUGGAAAUCUGUAUUGCAACACCUGGAAGACUGAUAGACUUUUUAGAAUGUGGGAAAACCAAUCUAAGAAGAACCACCUACCUUGUCCUUGAUGAAGCAGAUAGAAUGCUUGAUAUGGGAUUUGAACCCCAAAUAAGGAAGAUUGUGGACCAGAUCAGACCUGAUAGGCAAACCUUAAUGUGGAGUGCUACUUGGCCAAAAGAAGUAAGACAGCUUGCUGAAGAUUUCCUGAAAGACUAUAUUCAUAUAAACAUUGGUGCACUAGAACUGAGUGCAAAUCACAACAUUCUUCAGAUUGUGGAUGUGUGUCAUGACGUAGAAAAGGAUGAAAAGCUUAUUCGUCUAAUGGAAGAGAUCAUGAGUGAAAAGGAGAACAAAACCAUUGUUUUUGUUGAAACCAAAAGAAGAUGUGAUGAACUCACUAGAAAAAUGAGGAGAGAUGGGUGGCCUGCCAUGGGUAUCCAUGGUGACAAGAGUCAACAGGAACGUGACUGGGUUCUAAAUGAAUUCAAACAUGGAAAGGCUCCUAUUCUGAUUGCUACUGAUGUGGCCUCCAGAGGGCUAGAUGUGGAAGAUGUGAAAUUUGUCAUCAAUUAUGACUACCCUAACUCCUCAGAGGAUUAUAUUCAUCGAAUUGGAAGAACUGCUCGCAGUACCAAAACAGGCACAGCAUACACUUUCUUUACACCUAAUAACAUAAAGCAAGUGAGCGACCUUAUCUCUGUGCUUCGGGAAGCUAAUCAAGCAAUUAAUCCUAAGUUGCUUCAGUUGGUCGAAGACAGAGGUUCAGGUCGUUCCAGGGGUAGAGGAGGCAUGAAGGAUGACCGGCGGGACAGAUACUCUGCGGGCAAAAGGGGUGGAUUUAAUACAUUUAGAGACAGGGAAAACUAUGACCGCGGUUACUCUAGUCUGCUUAAGAGAGAUUUUGGGGCAAAAACUCAGAAUGGUGUUUACAGUGCUGCAAAUUACACCAAUGGGAGCUUUGGAAGUAAUUUUGUGUCUGCUGGUAUACAGACCAGUUUUAGGACUGGUAAUCCAACAGGGACUUACCAGAACGGUUAUGAUAGCACUCAGCAAUAUGGAAGUAACGUUCCAAAUAUGCACAAUGGUAUGAACCAACAGGCAUAUGCAUAUCCUGCUACUGCAGCUGCGCCUAUGAUUGGUUAUCCGAUGCCAACAGGAUAUUCUCAAUAAGACUUUAGAAGUAUAUGUAAAUGUCUGUUUUUCAUAAUUGCUCUUUAUAUUGUGUGUUAUCAGACAAGAUAGUUAUUUAAGAAACAUGGGAAAUGCAGAAAUGACUGCAGUGCAGCAGUAAUUAUGGUGCACUUUUUCGCUAUUUAAGUUGGAUAUUUCUCUACAUUCCUGAAACAAUUUUUAGGGUUUUUUUGUACUAGAAAAUGCAGGCAGUGUUUUCACAAAAGUAAAUGUACAGUGAUUUGAAAUACAAUAAAUGAAGGCAAUGCAUGGCCUUCCAAUAAAAAAUAUUUGAAGACUGAAUUAAGUGGAAAUGGUACUUUAUUUUACAUAUAUAAUGUCAUGUAAAACUUUGCUUAGAUGGUCUUUUUUUCUUUUUUUAUCAUAAAACUAAAAUUGACUGCUCCUUUCUAUAAUUUCAUUUUGGGAAGUGGGGAGAUCAGAAGGCCCUUCUUAAAGUGAUCUAUUCCUAUUGUAAGGAUUAAAAUGCAGUUGAUUUAGGUUGAUCAGCAGUUCUAGGCUAAAUUGCAUAAAGGCUUUUGGUGCCUCCCCAAAUCAGGUGAGUCAUUUAAAUAGUCUUAGAAUGGUGAAAGGAGAUACUAAAACAGGAAACAAGUGUAUAGCCCCACCCUUAACUUAGAUUGCUUAGUGAGAACAUGGAUGACUUUGUUCCUUUUGCAAAUUUGUAAUUUGGGAAGUCUUCAAAUAACUUUUCAAGAGAUUAUAUUUGUGCUCUGGGCUGUACUGUUAAUUACUGAGGCUGAAAGACUUCCACCCUUGAAGAUGGUUGGCCACAAGCUAAGAUUGAAUUCAUGUCCUGUGUUCUCCUGCCAGGGGUAGUACAGAAAGGCUAGUCUUCAUAGGCCUCCUGGGGCUCUUAACUAGUCAAAUUAGGAGUCAUGAAUGGCCAGUAAUUGAGGGAACUCUAGAGGACUUCAAAAUGUAAAAUAGGAUGAAAGAAAUCCUCAAAUUUAAUGGGUUAACCUAGAGGAAGCCACAUUGCCCAAACCACAGUGACUGAUACAGAUCCUUUUGUUGGGUCAACAUGGGUUUAUUGCUGAAAAGAUCUGGUGGGUAGCUUUAACUGUGUCUCAACAACCUUAAUACUUCAUUUGAAUGUCUUACGUUUGCAAGGAGAGGGUAGGAUUUUAUGAGACUUCAUUUUAAACUAUGGUUAUUGAGGCUUUAAUUGGUGUUAAUGCCUUAGCUCAAAAAUGUAAAACUAGAAUUUUCCAGGGAUAAGACAAGGAAUGGUAUUUUUAGGACUGACAUUGAAAACUGAUGGACCCUUUAGUAAUUUAACAGUUUUCAAUAGCAUGAUUAGUCAUUCAUUAUGACUCUUAAAAGGAGCUUUUGGGGGUAGGUUGGAGUAUUUAUUACAUAUUACUGUUUAAUGUCUAAGGUGGGCCUUUUAAUUUGUAAACACUGGAAUGAUUGUGGGGCUGUGGAAAACAAACUAUUUACCUUUUAAGUAAAUUUUAAAAGACAGUCCACUUUUUAGCAUGUGUGUUGUGUCCAGCCUGUGGUUGUCUUAAUAAAUGUGAUUUUUCUCCCCAUUCUCUCUUUUAUUUAUUUGCGUUGUAGGCCUCGUGUGUGUUUUCUGGGAAUGGAAAACACGUUAAUACUGCCCAGCCUCACUGUUAAUACAAUUGCUUUUCAUAUAUACUGAUUUACUGACUUUUUAACAGACCUACGUGUUCUUGCAUGGAACAAUUUUCUGAACCUGUCACACAUUAACGUGAUGAAUUUUCACUGUUCCUGUGUUCUCUUAACUCAGUUGCUAGACUAUCCUCUUCAUAAACUGCCUUUUCCUGGUAUUCUAGUAGAAUACAGUAGUUUGUUCUUCACCUGGGUUAGUCUUAGCCACUUACGGGAAAGUCUGAAGUAGAACUAUAAUGCGUUUUGAAAUAAACCGUUUUCUUUAAUCUGGGUUGUACCACUAUCAGGGCUGAUAUUUUUUAAGUGGAAGGGUCUUAAGGGCCCUCUGGUAGAACAACUUUAGUGUAUACCAGUGCUUGGUUGUCUGGUGCCGCCUUAUUAACCUGGAGAGUUAAUAUUACUGGGCCAUUCUCAGCAGUUUUUGAAGUGUUUUCAGGUGAUGGGUACAGGUGGCCAAGGGCUUACUUUUUAAUAUAUGUAAAGGGACUAUACUUGAUCGUCACAACGUCCCAUUCGCGUACUUCCAGAAGAGGACAGGGAGGAUGGCGACAGCAUUUUUAGUAUAGAUGCACAAGAGGCCUGGUCUUGUUAACAUUCAGGACUACACCCUUUUUUUAAAAAAGGAACUAAGGUUUGUUUUCGGUAACACUACGUUGAGAAUGCAAAUUACCAUUUAAAUAAGGUGUAUGUAAACGGAAAUGUGCACAACACCUGGCAAAAGCAAAUGGGAAAGUAAAGCUGAUUCUACUGGGAACAGCGGGAUAGUAAAAAGCAGAUGGCAAUGAUCUUUCGGUGCUGAGACCGGAUUAAAAGAGCAGCAGUCUGAAAGAUCUAGACCUUGAGACAAGAAGAGGAAUCCUGUAUUCACCUGGACGAAAGGGACGGGGCGGCGGCGGCCGGAACGCAGUGACGUACUUCCGUGGGAGGGACCGGUCUCAGCUCACGCUCACUUCCGUCGCGCCUGCGCAACUGGACCCCCGGGCUCGCACUGUUGUGGCGGUUUUUUGGGAUCUGCCAGUUAGUAGGAGACCGCUCUUUAACACCCGAGGGCGAUGCGCUCUGCUCCAGCCAUCAGAGCCUGCCAGAGAGUCUGCCGGUGCCUGUUGUCUGGGUUUGGGGGUCAAGUAGAUGGGAGGCAGCCGGAGCAGUUGUCGAAAGGGACAGGCUCCUUCGUAGGGCCCGUGAGGUCGCAAGCGGAGCUACUCCGAAACGAGCCGAGAGAGGCCCCCGAGUCUGGUGAGGGGAGUGAUGCGCUGGUAGAGAUCUGUCGGAAGAGACGUUUCCUCAGUGGCACCAAGCAGCAGCUUAGCCGAGAUUCUCUUCUAAACGGAUGCCACCCCGGCCUUGGCCCCUUGGGCAUAGAGUUGCGGAAGAACCUGGCGGCCGAAUGGUGGUCCUCGGUGGUGGUGUUCAGGGAGCAGGUCUUCCCGGUAGACGCCCUCCAUCGUGAACCAGGUCCUUCGCUGCCCGUGGACAAUGGCUUCAGGUUAGUUUCUGCAGAAACACUGCGCGAAAUCUUGCAAGACAAAGAGCUGAGUAAGGAACAGCUAGUAGCAUUUCUUGAGAACUUACUAAACACUUCUGGGAAACUACGGGAGAACCUUCUUCACGGUGCUUAAACUUCACCCUUGCUUGGCCCCUAUUAAAGUUGCUUUGGAUGUGGGACGAGGCCCAACAGUGGAACUAAGACAGGUUUGUCAAGGGCUGUUUAAUGAAUUACUAGAGAAUGGAAUUUCUGUGUGGCCUGGUUAUCUGGAAACUGUACAGUCUUCACUGGAACAACUUUAUUCAAAAUAUGAUGAAAUGAGUAUCCUCUUCACAGUGUUGAUUACUGAAGCUACUUUGGAGAAUGGAUUAAUACAGUUGAGAAGCAGAGACACCACAAUGAAGGAGAUGAUGCAUAUAUCCAAAGUAAAAGACUUUUUAACUAAAUAUAUAUCAUCAGCUAAGAAUGUAUAGAUUUCAAUAUUUGUAUAAUAAAUAUUCACCUUUCCUGA